AUGCAAGCCCCGUAACGAGGUCCUGGACACACAGGCAGCCACGAUGUGGUAUGGACAUGUAGACUUCGUGGCACAAUCUUCCACCACACCUCCGUCACCAACAAAUAUCCAACUUUUUAUUUAAUGGUACACACCCACCUCCUUUUCUGACUCUUUCUCUCUCGGCCCUGGGAGCUCAUACUUAUCACUCCCUGCGGGACCCUGUCCUUGUGUAAAUCACCUUUUUAAACCCUCGCCUUCGCAGCCUCAGAGUGAUCUUCGUCGUCUCAGUGAGGACCCGUUACUUGUGAGUUGUGAAUUAUCUCUGUUGCUGCACGUUAUAUACAAUUAUAGGCAGCAAGCAUUUGGUCAACUCGAUAUCGUUGGUUCGGUCGAGAGAUUAAUUAGAGAUAGAAAUGGGGAGGGCGCCGUGCUGUGAGAAAGUUGGUCUCAAGAAGGGAAGGUGGACUGCGGACGAGGAUGAAAUCUUACUCAGUUAUAUCCAGGCCAAUGGGGAAGGCUCCUGGAGGUCUUUACCCAAGAAUGCUGGGUUGCUGCGGUGUGGUAAGAGUUGCAGAUUGAGAUGGAUAAACUAUCUGAGAGCUGACUUAAAGAGAGGAAAUAUUUCUUCUCAAGAGGAAGAUGUCAUCAUAAAAUUGCAUGCUUCUUUGGGUAAUAGGUGGUCUUUGAUAGCGAGUCAAUUACCAGGAAGAACCGAUAAUGAAAUAAAGAACUACUGGAAUUCUCACUUGAGCAGGAAAAUUGACACCUUCAGGAGGCACACCACCACAAUCGCCAUUACUACUGAAAUCAGCACCAGUUCCCUACCAGCUGGUCAUGAAGUUUCGGCAGCUAUGGAAUUAGGUCCUCCCCCUCCUAAAAGAAGACGUGGCAGAACCAGUCGCUGGUCCAUGAAGAAGAACAAAACCUACUUGACCACCAAACCCAAAGGCCUCGAGGCCCGGCUGAGCCAGAGCCACCACAAAGACGUUGAUGUUUCUGCUGCUGCUGAUGAUGAUCGUUUAAAUAAUGUCCACAAGGCAACUUCCUUGCCUACUGAAAAUAAUAAUAAAACCGUGGACACCAUGCAAGACGAUUACGUGCUACUAAUUGAGGCCCCGGACCAGCAGCAGGAAACUGGAGGUGGAGGAAUAUCAAUGAUGGCAACGGUCAUUGAUCAUCAGAAAGAAAGUGAUGGCGGAAAACUAAUUUUAGGACCACAUCCACUUGUACACGACGAUGGUGAUAUGAAUGAAUCUGUCGGCAUUGAUGGAGGGUUGUUGGGGUUUACUGACUACUUGAUGGACGAUAUUAAUGAGGACGAGAUACUGGAUCCAAAUGGUGUUUUGGCUUUAAGUGCAAGUGAAAUAAACAUUCAUCAAGAUGCUGAUCAUUUUACGGACGCGGAUCAUCAUCAGGACACAGAAUUACCGUCGUCAUGUGACCAAUUAGUCAUGUGUCCAAAUAAAAUUAUGAUGACAACGACGACUACUACUACUACGGCAGCCAAUGAUGAUCAUCACGAUCAGGAGCAAGAGAGCAGAAGCUGCGGUGGUAAUUUGAGCUCGUUGUCGAUCUCAAACUCAAACGGACAAGUCGUCACGGGGGACUUGCAUUCAUGCGGCUCUUCGAUGUCACUGACAAAUGCUAGUAAUUGUGAUAUGGAGGAUGGUCAUACUGCUGGUGGAUUCGGAACUUACGAUCAUACAUUAUGGGAUUGGGAGAGUGUACUUAUCCAAGCUCGGACUGAGCAUGACUACUUAUGGGAUGGCCAUGACAGACAAAACAUGCUGUCUUUGUUGCGGGAAGGAGAAUCUGCUACUGCUGCCGGUGAUGAUGAUCACGCUGAUGCCAUGGUGGCUUGGCUUCUAUCUUGAAUAUUCAAUUCAAUUUGUCGUACCCUAGCAGCCUUUUAUCACUUUGUUGCUCCUUUGGUUUAUUGGACUUUUUCUUUUGGUUUGAAUGAGAAAGAUCCCAAUAAUUAAUUAAAAUGAUAAGACAAAGAAUCUAAUUUCA